UCUGCUUCAUGGCAUGUGGGAGUUGGGGGUAGCUAUACAGCAGAUGGAAAAUCAUAGGGGGGCUUGUGAGGUCUGUAGGACAACAAUAGGACAGCUGAGAAAAGCUCCAGCUGCUGUUUACAAAAAUGAGACCAACUAACAGACAGCAGAUGUGCUGUUGUUGUGGAAAUAGAGCACAUGGUGUUUUGAUUAACAUUUUAAGUUCAAAUAUGGUCAAUUCAGUUCAUUUAUAUAGCGCCAAUUCACAACAAAUGUUGUUUCAAGGCAGCUUAAAAACAUCCAAUGUAUACACAUAAAUAUAUUGUCAUUUCAGUUCAAUCAUAUAGACAGAUUCAAAGUCAAUUAGAAACAAAUUAUGCAGUUACAUAUUCAGCUGGGGGAUUAGGUUUUUUACUUAUAAGCCAUGUUAAAUUAAUAGUCAAAAACACAAUUUAAAAACAAUCAAAUUAAGUGAUGCUGUUGAAAGAAAGAAAGAAAGAAAGAAAGAAAGAAAGUUUGUGAUGUCACUGGCGGAGCUUCACUCUCUCCCUCUGCGUCUGUUGCUGUUCAGUCUGACUCGAGGCUAACAGCUAACAGGAACCGAGAAGGUGCUGUUGGACCGAUAACCAGAGCAACGGUAGCUCUGCUGGCCUCCACCCCGGUUCUGUUAACUCUUAUUGUGCCGGGCUAUCUGGUCCGCUCUAGGUUUCAGGUUCUGGUUGCUGUGGCGGUGGACGGGCUGGAUGGCCCUGUAGCUCCGCUAGCAUGCUGCGGCUAAUGGGCCAGUUUCUCCACCGUCAGGCUGAUCAGCAGGAAUCCGUCUGUUAGCUCUUUUUUCGCAGGGAUCUAUUUGUGUCGGAGCUUUAUGUAAACCUCUGAGCGCCGCUCUGUGUCGGUGCUGCAGUUAGAUAACCGUAUUUUAUACCAAUAUGUGUCGGUUUGUUGAAACAGCGGAGCUUGUUCCUGUUAUCAAUCCUUUUCACAUCGGUCGAUUUUCUGCCAACAGCUAGAAGUACCGUAGCGCUGCUAGCGGAGGCUAACGGGCUCAGAUGUCUUUGUGUCCCGCAGCAAACUGCUUCAUGAUGUGAGCGCAGUUAGCUGGCGGGGAAGAGUGGCUUUUAAUGGAGAUUUUAUUCUGCUAAACGGACAGAGAAGCCAGAAUCUGGGGUCAGUUUUUAUUGUGGUCAACUGACAUGCAGCGCUCACUUCAGUGACCUUGGUAUCAUCAUCCACCUCAGAUCGAUCAAAAAUAAGCCCAGCAGCCGGUUCCGAUACCAGGUUCACAAUGGCCCUCAGUUCAGACUGCAGGCAGAGGGUCGUCUACCUGCUGCUCCUGUCAGGAUGCAUUGCUUCUUCUCAGAGGAAUGACAACGUCUAUGUGUCUGGAUUUUCUAAUGCCUGCGGUGAUGUAGCGGAGCUCCUGCGGGCAUCCAGCGGCAUCAUCACCAGCCCCGGCUGGCCCUUUCAGUACCCAGCCAGACUGAACUGCAGCUGGAACAUCAGGGCACGACCUGGAGACUCCAUCACCAUCAGUUUCCAAGAUUUUGACCUGCAAGGUUCCCAUCGCUGUGCUUCAGACUGGAUGUCCAUCAGCAGCUACAGAAGCCUGGAUGGUCUACGUGUUUGUGGUUCCUCCCUGCCACCCCCGUACAUCUCAUCCCAGGACCAUGUUUGGAUCCACUUCCACUCUGACGACAGCCUGACAGGGAAAGGUUUCAGACUGUCUUACAUCACGGGUAAACCAGAGGCAGGAAGCUGUGAUGUGGACCAGUUCCACUGCUCUAAUGGGAAGUGCAUCCCAGACUGGUGGCGCUGUAACUCCAUGGAUGAGUGUGGCGACAAUUCGGAUGAAGAGCUGUGUGUAGAUUCACCAUUUUCCUUCCAGCCUUGCAACCUGAACCAGUUCCCCUGCCUGUCCCGGUACACCCGGAUCUACACCUGCCUGCCCCACAGCCUGCGCUGCGACGGCAGCAUCGAUUGCCAGGACCUCGGUGAUGAGAUCGACUGUGAUGUUCCUACUUGUGGAGAGUGGUUGAGGAACUUCUAUGGUUCCUUCAGCUCUCCAAACUACCCUGACUUUUACCCUCCAGGAAGUAACUGUACGUGGCUGAUUGACACCGGAGACCACCGGAAGGUUAUCCUCAGGUUUACUGACUUUAAACUGGACGGGACGGGUUACGGUGAUUAUGUUAAAGUCUACGACGGUUUGGAGGAGAACCCUCGGCGCCUCCUCAGGGUGUUGACUGCUUUUGAUUCCAGAGCACCAGUAGCUGUGGCUUCAUCAUCUGGUCAGCUCAGAGUCCACUUCUAUGCUGACAAGAUCAAUGCUGCCAGAGGCUUCAACGUCACUUAUCAGGUGGAUGGGUUCUGCCUGCCUUGGGAGGUUCCCUGUGGAGGGAACUGGGGAUGCUACACUGAGCAGCAGCGCUGUGAUGGGUACUGGCACUGUCCAAACGGUCGGGACGAGCUGAACUGUUCUUCCUGUCAGGAGGAUGAGUUCCCCUGUUCCAGGAACGGAGCCUGCUACCCUCGGUCAGACCGCUGCAACUAUCAGAACCGGUGUCCCAACGGGUCGGACGAAAAAAACUGCUUCUUCUGCCAGCCUGGGAACUUCCACUGCAAGAAUAACCGCUGUGUGUUUGAGUCGUGGGUUUGCGACGCGCAGGACGACUGCGGUGACGGCAGCGACGAGGAGAGCUGCCCCAUCAUCGUUCCCACCAGAGUCAUCACAGCAGCCGUCAUCGGCAGCCUGAUCUGCGGCCUCCUGUUGGUCAUCGCCCUCGGCUGCACCUGCAAACUCUACUCACUGCGCAUGUUUGAACGCAGGUCGUUUGAGACCCAGCUCUCCAGGGUGGAGGCAGAGCUGCUGAGGAGGGAGGCCCCGCCCUCUUACGGACAGCUGAUUGCACAGGGUCUGAUCCCACCAGUUGAGGAUUUUCCUGUGUGUUCUGGCAACCAGGCGUCGGUCCUGGAGAACCUCCGCCUGGCUGUGCGCUCUCAGCUUGGCUUCACCUCCAUCAGACUUCCCUCCUCUGGCCGUCAUCGCAACCUGUGGCGUAGACUCUUCACCUUCUCAAGAUCUCGUCGUUCUGGUUCUCUGGCUCUAGUUUCUGCUGACUUGGAGGACAGCUCAGGCUCUGGAAGUACCAGGAGUUCUGGCUCAGACCUGCUGUCUCCUGACUCUGAUGACACUGACACAGAAGGAGAGAGAGGGCGGGAGCGAGGAGUGGGUGCUGUGGGUGGGCCUGUUGCCCCGCUGCCCCACAAAACCCCACCCCCUUCUGCUGUAGAGCCUGUUGUAUCCGUAGCGGCAUCAGUAACGUCCACGCCGAGUCGAGAACAAGACCGUGAUCGUCCCAGAGAAACCCCGCCCCCCUCAAGCCCCGUUACCGUGGUGACAUCCAGUUCAGAUCCUGAAUGUCUCAGUGGAGUUUCUGAGCCCCAGCCUCCUUCAUCCACCGCCCUGCAGCGCCUGGCCCAAAACCUGCACCGCCUCGCCAGAAAUCUGACCAGAACUAACCAGAACCAGCCUUGGACCAAUCACAGCCCACUGCGCCAGCUGGAAACAGGAAGAAAUGGUGCUGACACUACUGAGCAACGGGGAAGCAGAGAGGAAGAGGAAGAUGUUGAGCUCCUCAUCCCUGUCUCUGACUCUGACUCAUCCUCCUCCUCUUCAUCGCUUAGUGACAUACGACAGCCUCUACUGGAGCCACACCCAUCCUCUGCUGCUGGUCCCGUCCCCCAUCAUCAUCGUGGAAUGACUGGGCGGGCAGGGCGGGACGGCACCUGUGAACAUUGCGGGAUGGUCCACACAGCUCAGAUCCCCGACGCCUGCCUUGAGGCCACGGGCAAGACGGAGAGCAGCGAUGACGAGCUGCUGCUGCUGUGCUAACAGGCUAACCUGCCAGCUAACAUGCUAGCUUAAACGUUUUAUCUUCUUCUCAUACAUUGGCUAACAUGCUAACUGACCCGCUAACAAGACAACAUGUCAACAUCCACGUAACAUACUAAUACAUCUCUACUGGCUUACAUGCUAACUUCAGGGCUGCCAUUCUUUUACUAUAAAGCUGCAGCAAGCCAAGUCGCUAAACCUUAGACUAACAUGCUAACUCAGAGUAACAAACUAACCCUUCAUUCCUAACAAACAGGCUAAUGCUAUUAAUAUUACCCUGACCCUUACUUCAAAUGGCUAGAUAGCUAACAUGCUAACACAUCACACUGGGCUAGAGCUUCUACUUUCUUUUACAUUCUGUUAGCAUGCUAGCUGGAAUAAAGGUUAGAGAUAAAUGUACCAGUCAGAGACUUGGGUGUGAUGUCUCCGUUUCCUAUUGGUACGACCAAAAAACAAAAAGGUUUGUGGUUUCUCUGCUCUGUUUGUUUACUGCCUGCCAACCUCACAUGUUCAGGUUCUUGGCCAUUUCGUCCCUUCGCCAUUUUUUGUUACCUUUAUACCCGACAUUUUUGGGUAUUGAACAGUGCCGUAUAUCGCUGGACACGAGGAAAUGCGGUUAUAGGACUCCAAUAAAUAAUAUCUACCAGCAAUAGGUCACUUAGAAUUAUUUUGGUUUGACACAAUGUCAUAAUCUGUCGUAUUUCAUAAGAUUCAGUCGAGAUCCCUCAAACCACACAUUCUCCCUUCAUGUUUUUUUAUUCUGGGAGGAAGCCGGAGUACCUGGAGAAAACCCAUGCAUGCAUUGGGAGAACAUGCAAAACUCGAAAAAUAGACUGAUACGCUGUGGUUUUAGCACAUGGGUACGAAAUUUUGUGUUUACAGACGCAACAUGGAAGUAAGGAGAGACUAAAUGUCAUUAGGCGAAGGGGCAAAAUGACAAAAAGGCCACUUGGCAUUUUGUUCCCUCUCGCAGGCAAGUAUUGUGCUUAUUGGUACGACAGUAAAGAGAUCCCUGAAUGAACAGACCAACAGUUCUCUGUAGGCGAGAACAUAACUUUUUGAUAAGGAACCAUCUGACGUUGGGAUUUGUUGGAACUCCUGAUCAAGUGGAAAUGUUUCAGAGGUCCCUCGAAUUUUUAGGCUGCUUGUUGAGUCUGUUUAAGGGAAAGAAGAGAAUAGAUGAGGAUCAUGUGACCAGAGGAGUUUUCCAAAGAGGUCUGCUAGCGGGCUGAUUUUAUUUUAGAUUUUAUUUUUCUGCGGCCAAUAAAACCUCAUCAUGGUUUAGGGAUUGCCAUGAUGAUCUUUCCACUUAUUUCAGUGGCCUGCCAUUAGAUGCAAUCGCUAAAUUUAGAUGUUCAGAAUGUAAAGUCACACCACAGGGUGAUGUGAAAAAACUCCUGGAUGGUCGUCUGGAACAAGAUGAGACUUCUGCCAAAAGGGAUCGAGUCCCUGCUUAUAAAAUAUACAUGUUUACUUCCUGUUACAUUUCUCAUGUUUAUUGUAUUACUGAAUACAAAGCACAAUGUUCUAAACGUCCUCAGGUCAUGUGAUCCUCAUCGUGGAGGUUUUUUUCAUCUUUCAUGCCACUUGUUCUGGCUUUGGGUAUUGUCUGGUCGUCUGGAGUUGUUGGGUUUUACUCAUUCACUUCUAACAGUUUCUAAAACAUUAAUUGAGAACCAAAAAGUCAAAGACCCACCACGACUACAUCUGGAUUAUAAAUGUUUUCAGUUUGUGGCUCCUCUUCUCCCUACUCAGACUGAAGCCAUUCAAGUGUCUGUAUUUCUGAUCCUUGUUACUGUUUUGGUACUCAGCUGAUGUGUGAGUGUGAUUGUGUAUAUUUAUUAUUAAUAUUACUAUGGUUAUUAUUAUUAUUGUGUUGAGUUGUUGUGGAGCUGUUUUUUCUGACUUGCAUGAUCCAAUUUGUUUGUUUUUCUUUGAGUCUGUAAAACUAAAACCUGGUAAACUGCACUAAGGAUUAAAGGUUCACAUCAAGUGAA